AUGGGAAAAUAUGUCAUUAGUGUAUUUGUUGAAGAGCACAAUCAUCCAUUAUCAAGCUCUAAAAAAGUACAUUUAUUGAGGUCACAUCGUAAUGUGUCUGAAGCCAAAAAAUCACUAACACAGCAGUUUUCAGUAGUAAACAUGCUAACUCACCAACAAAUAAGUAUUCUUGAAUUUGAAGCUGGGGGUAUAGAGAAUAUUGGGUGUACGAAGAAGGAUAUUUAUAACUACGAAGCUAAGUUGUGUAAUGAAAUGCGGGGACGAGAUGCGGAACUAUUGAAGGAAUAUUUCCUAACAGAGCAAGAAAGGGAUCCAUCAUUUAUGUUUGAAAUAGAUACAGAUGAUGAAUGUAAAUUGAAGCAUUGUUUUUGGUCUGAUUCGGUUUGUAGAAGAGCUUAUGGAUGUUUUGGUGAUGUAGUGGUAGUUGAUACAACUUACAACACUAAUCAGUAUGGGAUUUUUACGAGGAUUUCAAACACUGCAUUUGGGAAUCAGAACGUCUGGAAGAGUUUGAAAGAAAAUGGGCUUCUAUCAUCGAAAAGAUGGGUGGCGGCAUAUGUUAAUCAUGUAUUCUCAACUGGAAUGUUAAGUAGCCAACGUGCAGAAAGCUCUCAUGCAUUUUUCAAGAGGGCACUUACACAUCAACGUUAUAAAGACUUAAGUGCUGAUUAUGUCGAUAUUAAUGAGAAGCCUCAUGAGGUGAUUAAGAAAACUGAGAGUCUUCAUCAUCCAGGCAUCGAUUAUAAGAAGAACAAGCUCAACAUGAUUAUUGGAACAGCUUUUAGAUCGGAAGAUUUCGACAUGGUCGAAGGGAUUUCGGUGGGUAGAGAUGAGGAGUAA